CAGACACAGACACACACACACGCGCGCGCGCGCGUAUAUGAGUUUUGUAUUUUUCGUGAACGUUGAACACUUGGGUCCGUGAACUACUGCUGCACCGUCCAUUUUACAUUUUACUGGUCGUCCGAUACACUCGUACCUAUACUACUCUAUCAGCUGAACCUACUAACUAGUUUAUAUUAAACUUACGCCUGUACCAUUUGGUAUUUAUCUACACCGGUUUUGUAGCCGUAUAUAGUAAAUAUAAUAUUUCCUGUAUACCAGCGUGCGCCCAAUCGUUAGAUUCAUCUCACGAUAUUAUAUAUUAUUACUUUACUACGUCGAUAAAGAAUACACGAGCAUCACCAUGAGGAGCGAAGUUCUCGAAGAAAUGCCCGAAGCAAUGAUGGAAUAUUUCUGUGAACAAGUAUUGAAACGCGAUUGGCCGAACUGUAUUCACGCAUAUUAUUUCAUCAAAAAUGCAUUUCAAUGGAUGCGAAAAAAUUCGGCAUCGAGUUACAAAUUAUACUAUAUUUCUAAUGACGUUGAGAAUGGAACAUUUAUUGGGAUAUUAUCACGACCCGAAGAAGAAUAUCCCGACGUCGUAGUUACAUACACUUGCCCUGGAAACGAAGAACAAUUCCGAAGGAUGCUGUUUAGCACUGAGUUGAUCAACUGGCAGAAGAAACCGCUGUUCCAAGCUAUACCGUUCAGGAUGAAGGCCAUCGUGGAAACAAUGAUUGAGGAAAAGGGAUUGAAGAGUAAACUAUACUCAAAUGCUGUGCUUAAGUGGAUGCCAGCCGAUGUGGCCGCCAGAUUAGAUUAUGAGAUUCCAGAAGAUGUUUUUAUUGACCAAUUGAGCGUGGAUCAUAUAGACUUUAUUUAUUCGCUAUGGACUCACAGCGACGUUUACCCCAAGUCCGACCUUUGGGAUACAGUAAGGCUCAACAUUGGUUUAGGUGUAUUCAACCGGCAUAAUGGAGAGCUAUUGGCGUGGGCCAUGUGUGGCAGUUACGGAGGUCUUAGUACUUUGAUAGUUCAGCCAGAUUACAGAGGACGUGGAUUUGGUAAGCUGAUUGUGUUGGCAGUGACAAAGGUAAUGGGUGAGAAUGGCGUCUCUCCUCAUGCACUUAUCAAUGAAAAGAACAAAGUUUCAUUGGGCUUGUUUAAGAACGUUGGCUAUGUUAAACAUUCAACGCCAUUACCAUACGUAGUAGUCGAAGACCCGGAUACCUCUGGGCCAUAAAUACCGGGACAAUUACCUUGGCAUUUACCCCAACGAUUGGAUUCAAAACUAUAUACUAUUCAUUUAAUGAAACGUUCGAAUUUCGCUAAGUAAGAAGAGAUCACCAUAGCGGAAACAAUGACGAUCUAUGCAGAAACUGCUAAAAUUAUAAAGAUUAAAGAAUAAUGAAAAUCAUUUUUUUUUUUUUUUUUUAAUGAAAAUAAAUUAAUUUCAUAUUAAAUCUGUAAAUAUCCCAUAAUACGGAUAACCUAAUACAUUAUACUAUUAUAGUAAUAUGUACAAUUUAAAA